AAAGUGAAGCUUAGAGUUUCGUAUAAAAGCAUACUCGUAUCAUUCGGGGGACAGAUUUGAAAUCGCAGCUCUCUUCAGUAGAUUGUGUGAUACCUCUCAUUUUUCAAAAUGAAGUUCUUCGUUGUUUCCUUCGCCCUUCUGGUCGCUGCCUCAGCCGACGUGGCUCGUCAACCACCCGCAGCUAUUCUUAAGCAGACCAACGAAGUAUCACCAGACGGUUCCUAUUCUUUCUCCUACGAGAGCGAUAACGGAAUUUAUCAAGGAGAAACUGGAACAUUGGUAGCAUCGAAUAGUAAGGACGCAACCCCUGUCAUCGCGACUCAAGGACAAUAUCAAUACACAGCACCUGAUGGCACACCGAUCGCAGUAACAUACGUUGCUGACCAGAACGGUUUCCAACCUCAAGGUGACCACAUACCGCAAAUAUCUCCUCUGAUCCAGAAGGCUAUCGAGUACAUCAGAGCGCAUCCGCAACAAACCGAACGUCCUAAGCUAUAAACUCAAUCUUGAUAUCUCACUAUCCUCAUCAAAUUGUGUUUCUUUUAUAAAACAUUGGUUAGUAUAAAUAUUUCUGAAAA